UGAGUCUUUAGAUUGAGUCAGUAGGUUUGUCAAUCAGGGGUUAGAGUCUACGUGGUGAGGUUUGGAACCGCCAAUCCGGUUGUGCACUUAUCACCAUGGUGGAGACCCGUAGUGGGAAGAGUACUAGCCCCUACAUCCAGGAGCAACAAGAGAAGAUGGUUGCCUUGGUGAGGGAGAGUAAGGAGAGGAAAGAGCUUCUAAAGCAGGCGGAAUUAAAAGCAAUCGCAGAGGAGCAGGCGGCAAAGAUGAAGAAGUUGGAAGAAGAGAUGGAGGAGAAGAAAAAGGUUGCCGAGAUAGAAGCAGCAGCAGAAGCAGAAGAGGAGAGAAAACGCAGGAAAGUAAAAGGGGAGAGUAGUGGCACGGCGAAUCAGGAGGCAGCGAUGGAGAAGAAGAUUAGUGAGUGGAUUGCUAACUUAUCGUUGGGGGAAGACGAGGAGGCAGAGAUGUAUGUGCCACAGGAUGAGAGGGACGCGUUAGCCAGGGUGUUAGCAACAAUCGAGGACCCCCUGGAACGGCAAGAAACAGAGGAGGAAAAAAAGUUGGAGUGAAAACUGAGGAUGAAGAGGGAAAAGAAGAAAAGGAGGGAGGAAGUUAAUAGGUUGACCGCGGAGGUGGCAAAGGUGAG